UUCUGCACUCGAAACUCGUGCUAAGGGAGAGUUUUUAAGGAGAGGAGGGAACAAUGUGGAACAGUUCAAGACCUGGACCACGAGGAGGAAUGCCCUUUCGUGGGGAACCUCGUGGAGGCAUGUUUGAAGGCAGAGAUGGCCCAAGACCUGACUUCAGAGGUCAGGAUGGCAUGAAUAUGGACAGGUCACCCAUGGAUAUGAGGCGGUUUGACUGCCCACCUGAUAUGAGAGGACGAGACAUGGGUCUUCAUGACAGAGGAAGAGAGCCUCCCCGAGAUUUUUUCAGACCUGGAGAUGAAAUGGACAUGAAUUUUCAACGGCGCUUUGAAAUGGAUCAGAGAAACAACCUUCAGAAUUCUCCAGGUUUUAUGGGUCAGUCUAGGCCAUCGAUGGAUAUGGGUGGCAGAGAUAUGCAGAGUGGGAAUAUGAGAGGUCCAGAUGAUGGAUUCAUGAAUAUGAGGGAGAGGGAGAGAUUCCAGAUGGAUAUGCCUGGGCUUCCUCCCAUGGACAUCAGAAGGAGACUUGCCAUGGUGGCAAUGGGUGGAAAUGGAGAUCUUGGGGAUAUGAGAGACAGGGAGAGGCCACUGAUGGAAGGCAUUGAUGGGUUCAACAUGGACAUGCCUCCCAGAGACAGACCAAUGAUGGAUUUUGACAGACGAGGUGUCACCCCUCCACUUAAUCCAAGAGGGAGGUUUGAAUCUGAUAUGGAUCUGAGAAACCGCAUGGGGUCCUCCAAUGAUUUUAGAGACCAGCCUGCUCAGAUGUUUCGAGACAAUGAAGGCGUCCCCAUGGAUAUCAGAGGAAGACCUGAUAUGCCUUUAGGUCGUGGUGGCCCAGAACCCAUGAUCAGACCCGACGAGAUGACCCUCAGAGACAGAGAAUUCCCAGAGCCGAUGGACAGUCCAAUGGGCUUUAGAGGGAGAGAAAGUGAAACGCUCUCAGACGAGUGGCGCAAACAUGGCAUGAGAGACCGAGAAUCUCUUCCACCGAUGAUGGGCAGAACGCCACCACUUUUCCAGAGAGAGCUGAAUGACAAGUUCUUCUCUAACCGUGGAAAAGAUGUAGAUUUUGGAGAACGUCCCCAGUUCAAAGACAGAGACCGAGACGGGUUUCUGGGAAAAGACGGCACAGGCUUUAAUCUAUCAGAAAGAGACUCCAAACACCAAAACUGGGAGAAAAAUAUUCCUAGUGAUUUUCCAGGCAGAGAUCCAACUCAGAAGCCCCCUCUUCUUCCACUGGAUCCUCCUCUAAAUGCCCAAAGUAGAGAUGGAGAUAAAACCUGGCCUGGUGACAGAGAUGAAAAGCCUGAAAGAGCUGCACCUGCAGGAAGUAGACCGCCAUAUUUCCAAAACAAGAACCAGCCAAAUCAAGAGCAUCAUUUCGCAAGUGAUCGAGUGCCCUUUAAGGGUUCCAGUGACAUGGCUUUAGAUCAGGGACCACAGCGAGAGAGCUUGGUGUCUGGGCCAAAGGAACCCCAGAGUAAUAGAGGUGAGCGACAGGAUCAGGAUUAUAGAGACAUUGAUUAUCGCACCAGCUCAGGGCGCAAAUACGACUACAAUCUUGGGGAUCUUCAAGGACCUGAGAAAGACGUGAAGGAAUCCAAACUUGGUCCAACUCAACGACCAGAUGACUCUGGUUCUCAGGACCAGGAUUACAGGAGUGCAAGUGUCCAGGAUCAAGUCUCAAAAACCAUUGCCAUCUCUGGAAUUCCUAAAACUGCCACAAUGCAACAGAUUCUGGAUGCUUUCGCAGUCCGUGAUGGUGUGCCAAUGCAGGGCAUGAAAAUAAAGGAUGUUGUGCCAGGUUACAGCUACGAUACGGCCUAUGUGGAGUUUUUAAACCUCGAGGAUGCUGUCCACUUCAUGGAAUCCAACCAGGGAUCUGUUAAGGUUGGUGACAAGACUGCUCUGCUCAAAUAUAUCCAGCCUGACAAAAAUAUGAAAGAACAGCAUCAUGAACCACCAGCUAAAGCCGCUCCAGCCAGCGAUGACAAUUUGUUACCAAAUCCAGCCCUGCCACUGAAUAUAAAGGAGGAAACCGAUGCCAAGCCUGUGCAGGAUCCUGCCUCUCAAGGUGUGUGGCAAAGAAACUCCAACUUGACUCCUGAAGCAUGGCAACAGCAAGUAGACCAACAGCUACAACAGCAGGAGGUAGAGCAACAAUCGGAAGAAUGGACCAAUCAGAGAGCAUCUCGCCAAAACUUGCAGCACUCCGAUCCGGUCUUCAAAGAGAGCAAGACAAUGAUUAUCAAGAACAUUUUGCCUACCACCACCGUGGAGACCAUUCUGCAAGCACUCGAUACAUUUGCGUACCUGGAUGAGCGCAAUGUACGUCUGGUCAAAGGGAAGUCACCUGGGUCCAAAUGCUUCUGCUUUGUCGAUAUGGAUUCACAUGAGCAUGUGACGCGAUUGGUGGAGCUGCUCACCAAACCCCGCCCUAUCAUGAUUGAUGGGGUUAGAGUUUAUGCUGAAGUUGCCAAACCUUUGAAAAACCAAAACUAUAGGAGGGAAAAUGAUAAGUCAAACACUUCUCUCUUGGGUUUCCCUCCAGAUGUUAUGAUGCAACAACAACAUCAGUAUCAGCAGCCACAGCAACAAUUUUAUCCUCAGCCUUCUCAUACAACUAUGGGUGUUGCACCUUCCAUGCAAGAAUUGUCUGCCACCAGUGCAGAUGAAUUAUUCAAGAAGCCUCUUGCUCCACCAAAACAAAAAGAGGAAAAAUCAUCAAAGCGGCCCAUGGGCUCUCUUGGAAUGUUGGCGGCUGACUAUGGGGCAGGCAGCGACGAGGAGGAAGAAGAGAAACACGAGAAGCAGGAAGCUGCAGGGCCCGCAAAGAGUCAGCCACAGGCGGACGAGAAGGAAGACAAGUUGACAGAUUGGAAGAAGAUGGCAUGUCUUCUGUGCAGGAGGCAGUUCCCUAAUAAAGACGCUCUGAUCCGCCACCAGCAGCUCUCAGACCUGCAUAAGCAAAAUAUGGAGAUUCACCUAAAAAUCAAAAGGUCAAAGAGAGAACUUGAGGCUCUAGAAAACCAGGAAAAAGAGAUGAAAAUAAAACAGUCGAACGGUUCACCUGAAACAAAAAGAAGAAAGUCGCAAAACACAUGGGCCGGCAGCUCAAGGGACAGUCAUAAAGGCAGCGAGAGACCAGGUUUGGGUUUAGAAACUACUGAGCGGAAGAAGAAGGAACCCGUCGUCUGGAAUCAUGCCACGUACAAACAGGCAGUUCGGAAGGCCAUGUUUGCACGUUUCAAUGAGCUGGACUGAAAGUGAAAUGAAUGAA